AUGAGGGCGACCCGCAGCAAACACAGCUUACUGCGUGUGUGUUUCCUGUCCUUCAUCUUCCUGCUGUGCUCCACCUGUGCCGGAGUCACGGCCGGGCGGAAAAUGGCCUCUCAUCAUUCCGCGUUGAGGCGCCACCAGGGCGCAAAGCACAAAGGCGCGCACCACCGGCCGCUGACGGACGAGCAGAAAGCGGACCAGAACCUGCAGUUCAUGUUGAGUCUGUACCAGAGCGCAGCCGAGCCGGACGGCAGGCCCAAGCAGCACCGAAAGUUCGGCUCCAACACGGUCCGUCUGCUGAGGCCGUCGGCGUCGUCGGUGCACUACCUUCCAGCGUCAAGAGACCACCACUACAGCUUCACAGUCCAGUACAACGUUAACACGCUUCCCUCGGAGCAGCUGAUCCGAGCCUCGUUCAUCCACCUCCGCUCUUCAGCCUCCUCCUCCUCCACCGCGACCUCGAGCGCCGCCCAGGCCCUCGAGCCGCCCCGCUGCAGGGCUCAGAUCACCUCACUGGGCAAAGAGAGCCUGGUCACCCUGGAGCCGCAUGAGCGGUGGACGGAGACGGACAUCACCGCACACGUCCGGCAGGGGAAGACCCAGGGCGCGGGGGGGCACUUGACCCUCACUGCACAGUACUGGUGCACAGAGCCCGGGCACACCGGAGAGGACGGCAGCCUCUGGUGGUGGUGGGCUCAUCUUCAAGGAAGAAAAAGCUGGAGAGGUGAGCCUCAUGUGGAAGUCCCGUCUCUCCUUUUAUACCUGGAGGAGGAAAGGGAAGUGAAGGACUGGAUGGGGGACUUGCUGGGGACUGAAGGGGAAAACAUCAUGAGGCGGAUCGGCCAGUGGCAUCCUUCGGUUCGCCGCCUCCGCCGCUCCAAAGACCUUUCAUCUUCGGAGCCCAAAGAUCCUUCGCUGGACGUUCUGAAAAACGCCCCCACUUCCUCUUCAUCCUCCUCUUUUUCCACCUCCACCUCCGCCUCCAUCAUCUCCGAUAUCCCCAACUACAAGCGCAAAACCGGCACGCCCAAGAACCGCUGCAAGCUGCACUCGUUUCGCCUCUCCUUCGACGAGCUCGGCUGGGGUCACUACUUCAUCGCUCCGCCGGUGUACAACCCGCGGUUCUGCCAGGGCGGCUGCCCGCGGGUGCUCCACUACGGCUACCACUCCCCCAACCACGCCAUCAUCCAGACGGUCAUCAACGACCUGGGCGUCGGGGGCGUUCCUCCUCCGUCCUGCGUGCCUUACAAGUACAUGCCCAUGAGCGUGCUGGUCGUGCACAAGAAGAAGGUGGAGUACAGGGAGCUGGAGGACAUGGUGGCCGAGUCGUGCACCUGUCGCUAA